AUGUUUCAUUAUCAUUAUUUACCAACGGGGGAGUAUUUUGAUAGGGCUCGACCGAUGUUGACCUUGCAUAAAGUACCAUUAGUCGAAACGGUGUUUGGUAGGCCUGUGGCACACUAUGCUCACAGGGCUGAUGUGGUUCGCUUACAGGUACUGCAAGAGUAUGGCGGAAUAUAUCUCGAUCUCGAUCUAAUACCGUUAAAACCAGUGGAUCACUUAUUAAAGAAGGAGUUCGUUAUGGCACAAGAAGGUGUUGAUGGUUCUAUAGGAUUGUGUAAUGCCAUGAUAAUGUCAAAGCCGCAGUCAAGAUUUGUACAACGCUGGUAUUCUACUUAUUCAACAUUUGACAGCUCCAAUUGGAAUUAUCAUUCAGUGAUUUUGCCUGGAAAACUAGCACCUUUCUUCCCUAACGAAGUGACCCUUUUGAACCACACCGCUUUUUUCUGGCCGUUAUGGGAUAGUCAUGGUUUACGUACUCUCUAUUUGGAAAAAAGCUACGACUUCUCAUCUAACCUUGGAACUCACAUUUGGGAAUCGGCAGCAAAUAAAAAUUUGAUGAGAGAUUUAAGUGAGGAUGUCAUUAUGAAUAUCGAUAAUAGCCUUUACUGCCAGCUGAGGCCAUUUUUGCUUGACGGUAACCCAGACCCACGACCAGGAUCUUGCGAAAUAAUAAAAUACACGAAAAGGAGCGACGGUCUGAUCGGUCAUUGGGCGCUCAGUUCGGUGCCAAGACUUGUAUCUUCUUUAUCUACUACCACUAGUAGUACGUUUAGUAUCAAUCCAUUACCAGCAGAGGAUGAUUCGGGCAACGCAUUAACAGGCAUCAUUCGAAAUGGUAGAUAUAUAAACAGCAGCAUUUACCUUUCGGGCGAUGCUAGUUAUAUAUUUCUCAGCCUACCAACAGAAACACGCAUUAAACCAAUCACUGUCAGCUGGUGGAUGAGAACAGAAAUACAAGCCAGCAAGAAAAUGGCUAUGGUUUUACAAACAAACCAAGGAAGAAUUUGCGUUACAACUCACUAUGAUGGUGCUUUAUCACUAAAGUUGGAUAUACUCCACAGAAAUGAAGCAUGGCAAUGGGCCGCUAUAGAAGAUUUAGGCCUGGGGCCAAUAGCAUACACGAUUGAUGGCGAUUACCAUCAUUAUGUUCUUGUUCUUGAUGCUAAUUCUAUUGCAUUCUAUAUGGAUGGUAAUAUUGCUGCGAAGAGACCGACUUGGAGUUACCCACAAUCGCUCGGCACGGUAGUGCAUGGUGUCUGGUUUGGUUCCAUUGAACCGUUAAAUGAUCAUUAUCAAGAUCCCUGGGAUACAACCAGUGAUCUAGAAGCAUUCUAUACGGAGAUAUAUGUAUACGGAAGACCACUCGACCAACAUGAAGCAAUGCAACUAUAUACUGAAAAGAAGCCAAAAAAGCCUCUGUAA